UAUGAAAAAUAUUUGUUAUUAAAUCAUAAUAAUGUGAUAUUAUUUUUAAUAGGAAUCCUUACGAUAGUAAAAUGUGAUGAAAUUACAACUUUUAUACCUCAAGCUAAUGUUAAAGAAUGUAAUAUUCUACCCAAAGCAUGGUUCGCAACAAAUGAAUCAUAUCAGGGCACAACAAAUGGGGUUGUUUUUCAGGACGAUAUAGAAAAUGGAUGUAUAAUGUCAGAAAACUAUCCAAAACCAUAUACACCGACAAGUGGUCAUAAGUAUGUUAUAACAGUGGAUGAAGGCUAUCAAAUCGAUAUUGUUGUAUCCGAAGUAGAUUUAGACAGUGGGACUGGAGACUAUUUAUCUAUUAAAUCCGGUGAAAUUGGUGAAGAAGCAAUUUUUACAUGGCUCCAUAAAAACUCCAAACAUUUUGUAACAUCCACAAAUAUUGCUAUUAUCGAUUUUGUGGUACAAGAACGAUCCGAUCCCAAUGAUCUUGUUACACAUAAAGGAUUUUAUUUAGAAUGGAAGAAAACAGGUGAACUGAUAACAACUACUGAAACCCCUACAACUGAUCCAACAUAUCCUGAAGAUGUGAUUGAAACAUUGACGGUAUAUAUUACAGGCAGCAGCACACCUGAAGAAUUUGUUCAGGAAAAACUUACCAUGUUUAGAGAAUUACUAGUUGAAAGUUCAAAUCAAUAUUGUAAAGAGGAAAAUAUUCCAAUCGAAGACAAUAUAACUAUUAAAAAUAUAAACAUAACAAGUGUCAGUUAUUGUCCAAUUCAAUGGCCAAAUUAUCAAGAUUGUACAAAAAUUGUAUUCGCGAUUCCAGUUUUCUUAAAAAGCAAUACAGAUAAUAAUCAAACUUAUGAACUUAGUGAAAAACACUUGAAGGACAUGUGGAAUCAAAAAAGCGUUUUAAUAUUGGAAAAACUAGCUAUGGAAGAAUUUAGGCCACCAAAUUCUAGUGGUCAUGUAAUGAUUUGGGUUGGUGUUAGUUUAAUAAUAGCAGGAUUAUUUGCAGUAUUUUUAGUCGUAUUAUGGAGAUAUGAAUAUUUUUAUACUCCAAGCUCUAUCAGACGUUUAAGCGAGACAGGUAGCGUUUAUGGUGAUAAACCACGAAUAAGUGAUAUCUCUUUGUACCCGACCGAACAUCAAGUGAUACCACCAAUGUUUGAAUCGUUAGGUGAGCCCUUACAAGGUGACGAAUCAGUUAAUGAUUUUUCCAAUAGGAAUAGUUUCCCGUUGUAUGAGCCAGAAGAUGUACUUUUCUCUGUUGCAAGUAAAAAAGGCCAAAAUAUUACAUUUUAUACACCAUCUGAUCGUUUUGGAUCAUAUCCAAGAGGCUACCAAGCGUAACUUUAUACUUAAAAUAGUCGUUAUACUAUUGUAUAUUUUAAUUAUUAUGUAAC